AUGUCCUUUCUACGAUUCUUUCAGAGGGGAUACACCGCGUUGCUCAACCCUCCAGAGGUGUCAAAGCACGAAGAUGCAAUUCGUCUGGGGCUGCUAGGUGCAUCUACUAUAGCACCACUUUCUGUCAUCAACCCGGCAAAGUCACACCCCGAGGUUAUUGUGGCUGCAGUUGCUGCCCGGUACGUGAAACGUGCUGAACAAUACGCGAAGAAGUACGAUAUACCAACUGUCCAUGCAUCCUAUCAAGAAUUACUCGACGAUCCGUACAUAGAUGCUGUAUACAUUGCACUACCAAACCACCUACACUUUGAAUGGGCGUUGCGUUCACUGCAGGCUGGAAAACACGUUCUGCUUGAGAAGCCUUCAUGCUCCAACUCAGAGGAGGCUAGGCUCUUAUUCAACCAUUCAUUGGCAACGAAAAAAGGUGCCCCUGUGCUUCUUGAAGCCUUUCAUUAUCAGUUCCACCCAUCAUGGCAGACAUUUCUACGCGAAAUCCGUGAAUCUGAGGGUACUGUGAAACAUGCCUUCUCACAGCAGUAUAUCCCGAAGGGAGUAAUGCCAAUCGAUGAUAUUCGCUUCAGCUACAAAUGCGCUGGUGGGUCUUUAAUGGAUCUGGGCACCUAUGCACUUUCUACUGUUCGCCUUGUCCUUGGAGCAAAUAACAAGGUGCUUCCUACUGAUGUUCAGUAUCGCAAAAUGUCAUUGAUAAAUGGAAAUCAAGCUGAGCCCAAGAUUGACCAAGCUAUCUCGGCCUCCCUUGUUACUGAAAGUGGUCAAGGUGGCUUGAUUGUAGUUGAUCUGGCUAGUCAAGGGGGCUGGCCAUCUUUCCUACCAGCGUCUUGGACAGCAAAUAUUGCAACUACUGGAUGGCCAAAAUGUGAAGCUGUUCUGGAAGAAGUGCAGGUCCACAAAGAACAAUAG